GUCUCACACUGAAGUUGGACAAGCUGAAGCAGCUCGGCGCCACUCCAGAUUUCCUCAACAAGUGGCUCCACGGUCAGCCACUGGGCGCCGCGGCAGCAGCGCCCACAAAGACGCCAAAUCAUCCAUCCCUCACAGAGCACGAUACCUGGGCCAUAGUUGAGUGGAGCCGUCUGGAACGUCUUGGUAAGGUCCUCAUGUUCCCGCCAGGGACGAGGAUACCCGCACGCUUGAAUGUGAAUCCGUGCGCUCUACUGCUUAAGCCGCGGGAAGGCGUCGACGACGCAGCGCCAGAGGUUGACCGUUGGAAAGCACGCUUGAUUCUUGACUUGCGGCGAGGCCGCGUGAACGAGCGGCUUCCCCAGGUUGGGGUCGCUUACGGCACGCUGGACAUGGCUGUGUCGCGUCUUCGCCGAGGCAGCUACAUGUUCGUCAUUGACCUUCAAGAUUGUUUUUUCAACUGGCGUGUCCACCCAGACGAUGCAGAUUUGCUGGGUUUUUACUGUCCAGCCCGGCAGCAAUAUGGGCGUUACGAGUUUCUCCCGUUUGGUCUUGCACCAGCGCCUGGGUUUAACGAUUCAAACAUGAAGGAACUUCUUCGUCUUCUCCGGCUUUCGCGGGGGGUUGACUUGCUCGAUUUCGUCGACGAUCUGUUCGGCGUGGGCGAGUCAGAAGAAUUGGCGUGGUCACGUUUGGAAUCAGCUGUUGCUUUCUUUGCCGAGGUCGGGAUUCCAGUGAGCGGCAAGCCGACUGGCAUUCGGCAGCCCAGCACGCGUCAAUGUUGGAUCGGCUGGAUUUUCGAUUCCAUCGACCAAGUGGUCACCGUGUCGCAGGAAAAGUGCGACAAAACAUGUCGUGCCAUUGUUGAUAUCCUCGCGCUUGACAAUGAACGCAACCUUCGGGCCAAAGACGUCACUUCUGCCGCCGGCUUGAUAUCCCACCUCGGGGAGUUAUAUCCACAGGCGCGGCGUCGCUUGCACCCCAUCUGGUCGGAUCUGAAUGCGGCGGGGGUAUAUUCUCUUUGGAGUAAGUGCCCCCAGGCAAACCCUACAGUGCAUCUGACGGAACUCAGCCGCAAGAACCUUACUUGGGGAUUGAACGCUUUGGCCAUUCCGCCAAGGCGCGCCCUGCACAACUUCGCUGAUCAACUCAGCAACUGGGGACACAAGUCGCCGGAGUACGAGCGAUGGAGCGACUUGGCAAAAGAAGGUUCCAUUCGCAUCGUGGAAACGGACGCUUCUGGUCAGACAGGUUGGUCUUACCAUCUUUGCCAUUCUGGCAGAUCUGUUUCUGGUGUGUGGCCGCCCGACCUGGCUGAAAAAGAAGGCGUGCCGCGCGACAAACUUGACAUCAACUUUAAGGAGUUGUGGGUUAUCGUCAAGUGCGUGGAAGACAACGAGGUGGACCUUAGCGGCUGGCGCGUGCUGUUUCGGACCGACAACGCGUGCGCGGUGCACUACACCAAUGUGCGUUAUGGCGCUAUUCCAACUCUUGAAAGGCUUGCCGUGAAGCUGGAAGCGGCAGAGCGCCGCGCCUCUUGCUGGGCCCUUGCUGCGCACAUCUCUGGCGUGGCGAACAGGGCGGCCGACCUCGGCUCUCGCGAUGUACAGUUUUCCGCCCGGUGGAAUUCUGACGUUUUCCGCGCAGCUUGUGUGAAGGAUUCGGUUUUCCACGACAUCCUCUCUCGCACGGGCGUGUCUUUCACCUUGGAUUUGUUUGCUGACAGGGCGGGUCUUACAGCCAAGGCCGCCAUCGCCGCCGCGCUGGAGCCCGCCGGUGCGAUCCACUCAGCCAUCUUGGCUGAGAUCGGGAAGGCGUUUGAGCAGGGCCAGCCAGGCGAGCUGGCCAUCGCCGCCGGUGCUGCCGCCGCUGUCAACACGCACGCCUGCGCCUGCGUGGCCGCUGCUCUGAAGGACAAGGAUUCCGAGGUUUACCAGCUGAUCCAGUCCGAGUACGACCGGCGCGCUGACGAAACCUUCCCCUACAGGGCCAAACUGCGCCUGCUUACAGUCGCAGAGUGGGCUGCCGCCUGGCGCGAUCUGGUUGUCGACUCGGACCAGGUUUCGUGGACCAUGCAGGCGGUGGAGCACAACCCGGUCUCUUGGAAGAAGCUGUGCCUGAGCACCCACGGCGGCUCCUGGGACAAGCUCAAGAAUUUCCUCCUGGAGAAAUCCGAUUCGCCUCUCGAGAACGUGAAGGCGCUAGCCCGUUCGUUGCUCGUGCUGAUCAACCUGAUCGAACGCCGCUGCACUGUCGUGCAGUCGGCCAAGAAGAAUGGCCCUGAGAAAGCUGCCGCCCAGAGGGCAGCGCUGAUGGACACGAUCUACCAGACGAUCAAGCAAUACAAGCGGCGCACGACCAAGACCAGUGCUUCGUCCACCCUUGAGCACGAGGUGCUGCUCCGGGAUUUUGCGCAGGACAUCAUCCUGGGCGAGGCGGCGGCGGCAUUCGGGGGGCCAGUGUCACGUUCGCGUGAGGCGCCGGCUUCUUCGGGCACUCAGGCAGCUACGUGUGACACUCCACCGCCGGCAAAGGUUCCCAGGCUCUCCGUCGCCUCCGAUGGGCCGGCAGCCUCGGCCUCGCCAAACCCAAGUGGCGACAGGAAGCAGCUGGUGAACCGCCUGCUCCAGGAACUCGUUGGUCUCGUGCAGAAAAAGACGCCCCCCGGCAAACUCCAGUCGUGGAUUGACAAGCAGUACCAGGCGGACGACAGCCGCAGCGCCAUGACUGUGGUUCUGAGGGAUCACGCUUGCAAGAACUGUCUGAUGUCCGGAAAAGGCGUGGUCAAGCACACCCUGAAGCAGUGCCGAGAGAUGAAGAAUCUGUGCGUCUUGCCGUGCACCAAGUGCACGGCCUCCGGCAGGACCACCAACCUGCAGCACUGGGUGGCGGAGUGCAAGCACU